AUGCAUGCUGGUAUGAUAUCUCAUCAACAAAGGCGGUCGGCUCUAAAAGUCGGUGAUGGACCACUUGCAGCAUUGUAUGAUACUCUUUCAGAUGCGAAUGUUCAAGUCACGAAAGAAAAUAACGACAAGGAGUUGUUGGUUUUGAUAGGUCUAUGUGUUGGCUCCCAGUCCCGAAUCCGUCUAGAUAAUAAUUACACAAACAGGCCAGCGUCUUGUGCUUUCCAUGAUGCCUGUUGUCUUUUCGCCUCUGAUAUCAGAAAUGGAAAAACGGCAAAUGUUCAUUCCGGUGUAACUCCCUUCCUAUGUUUGCUUCAUGCAGACAAUGCCCUGUCCAUCGUCAUAAGAUUGCCGUCCGCCUGUCUAUUUGAUACUUGA